GCCACGCCAGCGCCGCGCCAGUGCGUAGACAACCGUCGCACGCGGUAUACGAUCACUGCGUUAAGGACACCGCGUACCGCGAUUGAUAAUCCGCGCACUAAUGUUAUUCACAGUUAAAUCUUGAUAAAGCUUUUCUUUACGGAAAUAAAAUAAAAAAUAAAGUUUUAAAAAUGAUAACAAUACUCUCUAACUCAAAACUGUUGUGGGGACUGUGGCAAGUGAUGAGCUACUGUACUUCGCGUACGACGAUGCCGCUAUUGCUGACUGUUGGCUUGACAUUUUUGGUAAUGCGGUUAAUAAAUCUAGUGCGUGAAAUCCGAAAGUUACCACCCGGCCCAUGGAGUCCGCCGGUCGUCGGCUACCUACCCUUCCUUGGGGUUCGCCAUAAAACAUUUUUGGAGCUUGCGAGAAGUUAUGGUGCCCUUUUCUCCGCUCGUCUUGGAAAUCAACUAACUGUGGUGUUGAGUGACUAUAAAUUAAUCAGAGAAGCGUUUCGACGGGAGGAGUUCACCGGUCGACCCAGCACUCCAUUGAUGCAUAUUUUGGAUGGUCUAGGUAUCGUCAAUAGUGAGGGUCGCCUGUGGAAGAGCCAACGCCGGUUCUUGCACGAGAAACUCCGCGAAUUCGGCAUGACUUACAUGGGAAAUGGCAAGAAAAUCAUGGAAGCGAGAAUUAAGAACGAAGUUCACGAUCUGAUGGAUAACUUGCAAUGCACAGAAGCAGCCCCAGUAGAUCCCAACCCGCUUCUCGCUUUGGGCGUGUCUAACGUGAUCUGUGGUAUUACUAUGUCAGUACGCUUUAGUCACGGUGAUGCCCGAUUUGCUAGACUAAACCAUUUAAUUGAAGAGGGCAUGAGACUAUUUGGAGAAAUCCAUUAUGGAGAAUACAUUCCUCUAUACAACUAUCUACCAGGCAAAGCUCAAGUUCAAGAAAAAGUUGCAAAGAACCGCGAAGAAAUGUUUGCAUUUUAUCAAACUCUAAUCGAUGAACACCGAAAUACUCUCGACAUCAAUAAUUCUAGAGACCUCAUUGAUGUUUAUUUGAUUGAAAUUGAAAAAGCAAAACUUGAAGGCAGAGAAGGAGAUUUAUUUGACGGGAGAAAUCAUGAAUUACAACUUAAACAAAUUCUCGGAGACUUGUUUUCCGCUGGCAUGGAAACUAUUAAGUCUUCACUUUUGUGGAUGAUCGUAUUCAUGUUACGAAACCCUGAUGUGAAGAGACGAGUCCAAGAGGAAUUAGAUACGGUUAUUGGUCGAGAGCGUCUUCCAACUAUUGAAGACAUGUCCAGUUUACCAUACACAGAAACUACGAUACUUGAAACUCUCCGCAUGUCUAGCAUUGUACCUUUGGCCACGACACAUUCUCCCACAAAAGAUGUUCACCUGAAUGGGUACAGAAUUCCUGCUGGUUCCCAAGUCGUUCCUCUUAUCAACUGUGUACAUAUGGAUCCAAACCUCUGGGACGAGCCCAACAAGUUCAAUCCAAGUCGAUUUAUAGAUGAAAAUGGAAAAAUUAAGCGACCCGAGUACUUUAUGCCGUUUGGAGUCGGACGUCGUAUGUGCCUAGGGGAUGUUUUGGCAAGAAUGGAAAUGUUUAUGUUCUUCGCAAGUUUGAUGCAUCAAUUCGAUGUUCAAACCGAGGCGGGUGCAGCGCCACCAUCUCUAGAAGGAACGGUGGGUGCCACAAUCUCGCCACAGCCUUUCCGCGUCAAGUUCGUGCCUCGUUCGCCACCAGCUCCGCCUGUUGUCCUGGUCCACGAGCAUCCACACUUGCGCCAUGUUGGUUCGCAUUAAGCGUUCUGAUGAUAUUGCCACUACAUACCCACCAGUAUUCCAUGAUCACUCGUUUUAGAGCGCAUCGAUGAUAAAUUUAAUUAAGUUAUAAGUAAGUGACGACAUCGCUGCGGUGAAUGUCGAGGCUGUGCAUAAAGUGUUCAAUUAAAUAGUAAACAGAACUUUACUUUAGAUGUACUAAAAUUCCCAUCGUCGAGAUUAUGAAUUGUUAAUUUAUAACUUCAGUAUUAUGUAUAGAUUUUGAUCUAUGAGAUCUUCAAUCACAUACAUCAAAUGAAGCUGUUUCGUUACGAAAUGUAGUUAUCAUUUCAUUAACAUCUUAAGCUCUAGUUUCCUAUACCAAAAUAAAUGUUUAUAGUAGAAUGUUAUUUAUUAGAAGAUGUCAUUUGUGAGUGUGGUCUGUUGAGUGUGAUCUCAUGUUAUUGUGUUACGUGUGAAUAUUAAUAUUAUUGUAAGAUUGUAACUGUUCAUUUUUACAUACAUAUCUAGUUUUAUGCGUCUAUCAUGAGUAAUAUACUAAGUAACAUUCCAUGGUAGUGCAGAAACCAACAACUAGUCUAAGAGCGAUAAUUUUCGCUAUAAGUAUAAUCUUUCAUAUUUCAUAAUUUUAUACAACAAUUGCAUAUAUUUGCAACAAAGUUGCUGUUAAUUGAAUAUCGUAAAUUAUUUGGAAUGUAAAAAUUCAGAGUUUUCAGUAAAUUUAACCAUUAUUUACUCAAGCUUUGUAAAUAUUGCUUUAAAAUUAUGUUACAAAAUUGUAUUUCAUAAUAAACGAUAAAAAUUUCAUGAAAAUAA